GUAAACGCAUGUGCUUUUUUAUCGUCAAUUCUGUUUUUUUUUGCUCGUUGUUUGUUAUUACGCUCGCUCGCUCGUUUCGCUCGAUCUGUUCGUUCGCUGGCCGUUUCUCGUUUUCGAUUCCGCCGUCGAGGCUUCUCUUCGCUGCGCUGCUUAACGACGUCGACGCUUGUGACGACUGCUGCGAUAGAUAUCAUCACCGUUUGGGUCGGCGUUUUUUUAGUCGGGUGACCGAUAGGAGCUAACACGUGGAUGAUGGGGCACGGGAGGCUCUGCAAGAAAAAGUGGGAUAGCAUGGCUCGCCCCUUAUGAUAAAAUGAGAACGAAUGAGUUAGAAUGCUGCUACGAGCCCUCUUCAGCUGAGAUAACAUCCUCGGCUCCACUCCUCAAUAAGCUCCAUUCCACCGACCGAAGACGAUACCUUUUUGGGGGUUCCAAGCAACGAGGAGUAGCGAAGGAAGAAGUGCAAGAAAGCAACUCGCCUCUCCACUCUGACAAGCCAUUCCGGCUGCUAUCUAUUUGAUUUUUAUAACUUUAUUAAUUAGUGUUGUUCGAGUCGAACGAUGAUAGAUUGACAAAACAGUUUGAGCUCCCCAAGAAGCACCGUAGAGCGUGCCACACAGUGUGAAACGAAUCCGGAGAGGUCUCUCCGCGGGCAGUGGCGCAAUGGUAGUGGCUGUGACUGUCGUCGAUUCGAUUGUUGUUGCCGGUAUCCGGUUCGAGACUGGACGGCUUCGGUGGCCGUCUCACCAUCAGUAGUAUUCGCGGUUCGUGGUCGCGUGCGGAAGUUAUUAUUCGGUUCUUGGUACGAGUUCACUACCGCGUACGGUACGGUGCAACCCUUCUUCCCGCUGCUGACCGUCUAAGUGGGUGCCCUUUUCGGUGCGUGUUAAUGAGUGCGAUUCGCCCACCCACGGCCAGCUCCUUGCCACACGACACCAGAUGAUACGGCCGACCCGCUAGGGGUGCUUGGCGACAUUUGGCACGGAGCGAUAUUUUUGGAGUGAACAACAAUCAAUUAGUGAGAGAGGAAGUGUUUAUUUAUGUGCCAAUAAUUACAAUAGAUCGCAUCGGUUUGUUUCGGUGUCAUGGAGAAUAUAAAUACUGUAGUAUUUGUAUUAUAGCUAAUGCAAAUUAAUAAAAAUAUAUACAAAGGAAGAUUUACGAAUCAGCCAAAAGUUUGUUUGUCGGAAAACGAAUAAGUGAAGAGAACGCAUGUAGCGCGCGAAGAGAAAAGAUGGGCAAAAGUUGCCGACGGCAUUCCACGCGUCAACAAUUACUUCGUCAGCUGCGUAGUUAAAAUGGAUACGAAACUGAGUUUUAAGUUUAUGUGAUUAGUAGUUUCGUGGAUUUCCGAUAAAAUAAGUAAUAUAACCGAUUGACAAUAGUUGUGAUGUACUCAUUAAUCAAAAUGAAUUUCUGAGGAAACUAGAAGAACAAGUGAUACCAGGCCGAAAUCCGUCGUCGGCAAUCCUGCUGAUUAUGCCGCUUUUGGUCGCUCAGCGAAGUGCGGUGCUUGGAGUGGCCUUAGACCACCAAUUCAAUCAGUGCUAUUAUCAGCAGUAUCUGCCAUCAAAGACGGACAUCGGAACGCCGUCGUCGUCGUCGUCGCUGGAAGGAGUCCAAUUUACCAAAAUAGAACAACCAUCAUCGGCCUCAUCAGCUCAAUCUCGGUCGCCAUCAAACGCCGUGGAUUGUCAGCCGCAGCAGCAGCGGGUGUCGGAUUUUACCAUGUCCAAAUUCAAAGCCAGCUCCCGGCAUCCGCUGUACCGCCAGUACUAUGGCGCUGGCGGUGGUGGACCGGACGAGUCCCCACCCUACGAGAAGCAGGAGGAACAAGAUAACAGCGAUAGCGAAAUCCGAGAUAAACCUUACGGAAAAAUUUGGCUGAGCAACGAGGCGCAAUGGCAUCACCCUGUCUCGUUACCAACGGAUCCCAGCCAACCCCCGCAAUCGUUGCUUCCACCUAGCAUGGUUCCCAAUAGCCUCGGAAUGACACCAUUGAAUGCACCAACAUCGAUUCCACAGCAUGCGAUACCGAGUAGUUUGCUCUCCAUACGAGAUAUGAUGCUCCAAAAUCCUACCCUUGGGUUGCUGAACGAGAGCAACCUUCUGCUCAAGAGGAGCAUGCUGGAGAAUAUGCCAACGAGCUCGUUAGGAUCAUUCCCACUUGGACCAAAUCCUCUCGGUAUUCCACCGAGCACAGCUCCACAAAUCUCUGCCUCUUCUUCCUCCGGAAUGGCAACCCUAAGUCCUCUAAUGCAUUCGAUUAAACGGGAGACAGAUGAUUCCGAAUGCGAAAUGAGUAUGGACGAGCGAAACUUAAGACAGAAUCAUGUUCCACGAUCACCACCGCCUCAUUUCGCACAUCUUCCAACCCAUCACCCACCUCAUCUAGUCCAUCAUCAGGAGCAUCACCAUCACCAUCAUCAUCAUCAUCUCCAGCAUCGACCCAGUCAUCUUCCGCUUACCAUGCAUCACCGUCACCGUUCGUCCCCAAUUUCCUCCACGCUGUCUCCCCCCUCGUUGGGAGCAAGUCCGUCUUCGGUAGCAGCAGCAACAGUGUCAUCCCACCAGCAUCAGCGACUUCAAAGAGACUCCGAGGAACGUGAAUUGAAUUUCAACGCUCUGCCGCCGCCACCAUUAUUGGUGCAAUCGCAGCAACCGACACGAUCCAAGCAACCAUCGCCAAUUGCGACCAGCUCGCGGCUCAAAUCAGAGCAACCCAACGAACUUGAACCACCUCAUAUGAAUCAUCAUCAACGUCGCCAUCAACAUCAUCAUCAUGAGCCGCAGCAGCUCGUCCAUUAUUCGUCGCCGGAUCGAUUCAAUGACGUGCGUGAUGGAAUGGUCAAACAGGACGCAGACCAAGCUGGUGGAGGCACUCGGCACGACCGCGGCCAUACCAACGACCACUGCAGCACCACUGGCGGCGAUGAUGGUAUGGAUGAUGGCCGCAGAGGCCCAACGGCGCAAUCCGGAGCAGUGGCAAACGCAACAAGCCAGGAACUUGCCGUAUCCGAGGAACCGAUUCAAACUCGGUCAAAGUCGCCAUCACCUGAUAUAAGCCGCCUCUCGAAAUCGCCGUCCCCGCCUCCGUCGCACGACGACAACUACAGCGAUCGCGAGGAUGGAAGCGACCGUGACCAGCUCGGCAGUCCGAUUCCGCAUGAGCGGCCGGACCGAGUUACUCCUCUCAACCUGAUAACUGACGCCUCCAGGCGAACACCCUCCCCACCUCAGCAAACGUCUGUAGGCGGUCCUAGUAGCAGUAGUAUUGGUGUUGCACUGGCCGCCCUCCAGAAUCAGCUUCCACUGGGAUCUCUUUUCCUGCAGAAUCAACUGGGACUGGGCACAUUGGGAAAUCUCUCCAGCCAGGAAUUAAAUGUGCUACAGCAAGCAUUGCAAGCUCAACAGGCGUCUUUCCAGCAACAGUUGCAAAACUACAUGCUUAUGCAAGCUCAAGGCAAUGUUGGAGGAAAUGGAAAUGCCGCAGCCCAGGCUACCGCUCAAGCUGCCGCCCAAUUCCUCAUGCAAAAUCAGCUUUCUGCAAGCUUUCCCACUCCACCUCAGUCAAUCACUAACAGUGCUACUAGCGUCUCUACUAACAUCACAAAUCCCUCCACAAUAUCAAACAGUGUGCCCAGUAAUGCUUCCACCACAAAGCUUAAAUUAACGCACGAUGGAUCACGGUCUCUUCAGGUUCAACAGGCUGUUGCCCAACUGCAAGCUCUCCAACAAAAACAGCAACAGCUGAAAGCCAGUUCUACCCCCACUCCAGGAAACCUUUCGUCUUCAUCCCCUCUGCACAGUCCAUCUGGAAGUCCGGGACUUCACCAUCCAUCUGCGCACUCAUCGCUGUUGGGCUCGAGUCAAACCACACCCCCCAACGCAAACCAGUUGAACGUUGGCGGAAUUCUCACCCCAUCAACGCCCGGUUCGAACGCCCACACUCCCCAGCUGCAGAAGCACAACGCUGCACCGCGUGCUCUUGAACCAUCGCCCGAGGAAACCACCGACCUGGAAGAGCUGGAACAGUUCGCGAAAACGUUCAAGCAGCGGCGGAUAAAGCUCGGCUUUACGCAGGGCGACGUCGGGCUGGCGAUGGGUAAGCUGUACGGAAACGAUUUCUCCCAGACCACCAUCUCCCGAUUCGAGGCGCUGAAUCUGAGCUUCAAGAACAUGUGCAAGCUGAAACCGCUACUGCAGAAGUGGCUCGAGGACGCCGACAGCAGCAUCUCCAACCCUGGCGGUCGAAUUUUCAGCCCGAGCACCAUAGCCAGCACGACGCCAACGCCGGAAAUGGUUGGCCGUCGACGCAAGAAACGCACCUCGAUCGAAACCUCCGUCCGGGUGGCCCUCGAAAAGGCCUUCCUCGUCAACAGCAAACCCACCAGCGAAGAAAUCACCAACCUAGCCGACAACCUCUGCAUGGAGAAGGAAGUCGUACGGGUAUGGUUCUGCAAUCGGCGCCAGAAAGAAAAGCGGAUAAACCCUCCCAACGGUAUGGAAAGCCCCACGCACUCGUCCGGAAGCAGUGAAAUGUUCCAGCUGCCGAACAUGUCCAGUGGGAACCUACCUGCCCAUUACCCGCCGCACCAUCCGAUGGCAUCCGGUGGUAUCAAGCAGGAAUGACUAGGAAAUGGAUCCUUCGAUCCAGACACCAGAGGUUCCCCCUCACUGAGUCCUGCUACCACCUUGCACCAGCAGCAUCAUCCUUUUCUUAUUUGAACCAGGCGUGAUAGCGAUCAGUUUCCGUCCCGUUCCUUUCAAUCCCAGCACCUAACCCCCUUGUUCCAACCCUUGGAGUUCCAACGCACAUAUCAGACCGAUCCGUGGUGAUCCGGCAGCAGACAGAACGCAACUUCUGAGAAGUUGUUCCCCGCUUGUUAAAGGCGACUACAUUCCUGGGAAUUCCCCAAUUCUUAUUUAUUAGAACCAGAUAGCAAAGAAAACAAGGAUAUUUACGUUAGAAUGUGUUCCGUAAGCAGAAAUAGCAUGUGAAAAAAUGUGGAAUUAUCUUUAAUUAAAUCAAUAUUAGUGUUUGUGUAAAAUGUAUAAAUAGAGAUACGAACUGGCACAGCAGCGAUUUAUUGCCGGGACUACAAAAAAACGAUAUCAUUCCAAAAAGGCUUUAAGCAUUUUCCUUCUCCGCAUGAGUAGCGUUAGUUCUAUUAUACUUUGAUGUUUCUCCUCCGAUUUCCCAAGUCAGGUAUGAUGCCUUAAUUAUUGUGUAAGAUGAAAACUGUUCGUGGUUUUUCAGUUUUUUUUUUGCCGUUUAUGAGACAAAUCAUUGACGAAAGUAUCUUCAUGUACCAUUAGUUAAAUAUUUAUCUCAGUUUCAAUUAGAUUUUUUAGACUUGUCAGCAACUCAUACUGAUGCGAUAAUGUUCUUCGGAAAGCUUUCGAUAACCUUUGCGAAGAACAUUUUCAGUAUCCCAGAACCACUCCACUUUUUUUUUUUUUUUUUUGUGUCUUUAUUAAAGAGACUUUCAGCCCGAGGCUGGCUCGUCUCCGAGGAACCACUCCACUUUGCAUCUUACUCAAUAGCCCUCCAGUUCCUGUACAUAACCUCCAUUGGAAAUGAAACUGUACGUAUUAGAUGUGAAAAAGGGCAUUGACCUGUCGUUUAUGUUUCGUUGAACAAAUCUGUAAAAAUUGUGCUACACGCUGUUAGCAGGGAGUCUCUAAAAAGCUAUUACAUAGAUAUUUAAUACGCCUAACGACCUGAUCGAAUUUUUGUGCAAUUUGCAUACCGGUUUUCUUAGUUGUGCAUUUCCCAUACGCCGAGGAAACUAGUUGCCUCCACCAGAUGCCAAUAUGAAGCAUAGAUUGAGGAUAAGUUAAAGAUUAGUUAAUUGAAAUAAAUAGCUCACGCACUCUCAAUUCUACAUCCCUUGUUUAUUUCUAAUUUCUCUCUGGUUAUAUUGAUUCGGAAAUCCUUUUGAUGAAAUGAAAAUAAAACACGUAUACUAAAACUAUUGUACUACUUAAAAAUUGUAAUCGAAAAACACAAACAAACGAUAUUUAGAUGAACGAUGUGUAGAAAAAGUAUAAAAUCGGGUCUCUUUUUUGGAAUCAGGAAAAAUACUGUAAAAAUUAAAAUUGUAGUUGAAAUCUUGUCGAGCCUAAAUUUAAGAAUUAUAAAUACUAUAUCCAAAGAGCAGAAACUUACUUUACUAACAUAAAUCAUUAAGACUACCCAACAGAAGCAAAACUCUUAACUAAUUCUGUAAAUCUUUGAACAGAUAAAAAACAAAUCACAUUUUUCAGAGGCUCAGUUUCCGCCCCAAACAGUACUCAAUAAAAAAAAACAGUUUACGAAAAAUUAUUUCAUAAACACACAGAGAAGGAUUCUAGGUUUCCCGCGCUUUACGGGAAGCACUAGAGUCGAUCUCAGUCUUCCAGCCAAUAGCAAAACGAAACACUCAAACAUAGUAAUAGUCAUUAUUGAAAACAAAAAAAAACGAAAAAUAAUAGACGAAGGUAGAUAUUUUAGUGAAAUAAAUCAAACAAACGGAUUGAUGUUCCUAUUGCUGAGCGAAAGAUACAUUGUUUCAGCCCUGCACCAAAAACACAAAUACACACACAGGCAACGCAAGCAUUGAAAAUUAGGGAGAUUACUAUCAGAUUGUUUAAGUUUUUUUUAUAUUAUUUGUCUGUGCGUUAGAAGCUUAAUAAUAGCUUAAUUUUCAGUUCAGAAGCUGAAUGAAGCAGGCGGAAAACAAUUUCAUUUCUGAUAUCAGCAAACGGUUUGAACAAGCAACAAUGUGAAAUAUAGCUCGUAAGCAGAUUAUACGGAAUCAUUGAUAAUGGAAAAAAAUGUACUAGAAACAAACCACACAAGCACUUUUACAGUUGAAUGUGAGUUGAACUAAUUUUUGUCUAUAUUUUUCUAUGAUUCGAUAUCGAAGCAGUAAGAUUUAAUAGAAAUCUUUGUACAUAAGUGAGAAAAGAAAUCAACUAUAAACGAAAGAAAACACUGCAGCUAGAUGAAUACGAGAAUAAUAAAUACAGAUUCAUAAUCGAAAA